AUGAGAUGGAGAGCCAACACCGGCAUAUGCACGAAAAGUUUCUAAUUCUGAAAGGAAUAUGGCAAGAAAAAAAACAAAAUAUAAGUUACGGACUUUGGUCGGAGAGUGCAAGAAAUUCUCACUCGUUUUUUUUCCAGCGCCUUUACCCGAAUUAAGUUUCAAGCGCUUUUCAUCCGUUCUAGUCCAGCGGAUGCUCCAAAUCGGGAAAAAAAAACCGGGUGAAACAUUCGAGCAUCCGACGAUCAUCCGUUCUGUGAAACAAUGACGUUUUUGUCGAGCGAGUCAGUAUAUCCAGAGCUGUUCUCGGCCUGCGAAGCGGUUUUCAUUUAGGCCCCCGAAGCGAGCGCGAGGUUUUUUUCUUCCGUGUUUUUUUGUUUUGAUUUCAGUUUUUUUCAUAUUGAAAAUAAAUGUUUAAGUUAUUUAUGAUCCAUGAAAAGUUUAAAUUUAUUGUUUUUUUGACAGAAAUCGCGAUUUUUGAUUUCAAUUUUUUUCGCAUCUUUUUCGUUUUUUUCUCUUUGUAAAUAAAUAAAAAUAAUAUUUCAAAUAGUGGUUUGAAUGAAUUUUUGCGAAAAUGAAAUUCUGAUGAUGUGAAAAAUUUCAAAUUAUUUUUUUAUUCGUUAAUUAUUUUCUCUAGUUCUGUAAAUUGUUCUAGCCACUUAGAAAAACUAUUGAAUUUUUUUGGAUUGAUAUCUCAUUUCAUCGGUUUUCCUUCUUUACUUGCUUGAUAAAAAAUGGUUUUUUGUUUCACUUUCGUUUCAGUAAAACUCGCGCUUCUUUCGCUUUCUUAUGAUUCGCAAAAUACCGGGAGUCAAAAAAAAAUUUGUAUCUACGGGUCGACCGAGUUGACCCUUACCAAAGGCCGACCGCGGCCGCCCUCGAAUACGCCACAAAUCGGGGGGCCCUCGGUCGACCGGGGUCGCCCCGAGAACAGCUCUGUUUUGCUUCAUAGAUAUACAGUAUAUCUAUGAAGCAAAGCGUGAUUUCAACAUUGUCUUUCCGUUUCAAAUUCUGCUUUACUUGGUAUAUAACCGUCAGUAACGACCUGUUUCACUAAUUAUCGCUCAAUUGAACUAACAAAAAAACUUCGCGUUGAAUCGCAAACCGCUACUCCCUGACAUCAUCUCAAUUUGGCGAUUCGCACACGCAGCAAUAUUAUUUGAUUUAUUUUUUUCACGUUUUAACUUUCCCCUAGAGAUACUUUUGUCGAGGUUUUUUACUUUUUGAAUUUUUUUUAAAAACUAAGUUUCUAUACUGAUUUUUUUGACAUAAUAAUUUCUCCUGUAUUUAAAGAUAAUAGACAUACAUAGCAUAUACGUUGAUAAAUGGCUCCAACGGAAAAAAAUAGUUAUAAACUAACCAUUCUUAGUAUUAACAGUAUUAUAAAUUACUAUGUUCAUUUAGAGUGUUCAUGCUUCAUACAUCGUAAAACAGUUUUCUAACUCCGUCAUCUUAGUCGCAUAUUAAAAAAAUAAUUCAAAAAAAUAAUGAAAUGGACUCAAGGAAGCCAUCGGCAUUUUAUGAAGUUAAUGACACUCCCAUUUAAAAAAAUUGAAUAAAGGGGAAUAGAAUAAUUAUUAAUAAAAAAAUAUUAUUAAAUCUUUAUCCACAAAGUCACAACGCUAACAAACGCAAUCUGUGGGCGCAGUUUUUUUAUGCAAAGGAUCUUUCCAUAGCGACCGCAAAGCCCCGCCCCUUUUCGCGAUGGAAAAAAAGGCCAUUUUUUUGGUAUUUCGUCUUUGAUUGUUUCGUACAGCCGAUAGAAAAAAAUUUUUCUCAAUUGCAAUGCAGUAUUAGUAGGUUUUUAUGCUUUUUCAUAUUGAGAAAAAAAUAAUGCUCAAAUAAUACUUGUUGACAACUACAAAGCAAAUGUACUGUUUUUGAGUGGUAAAAAAAGGUGGAGAAUUUUUUUGCGAGUUGUUUUGAAACAUUUCCCGGUCGACGACACGCGUUUUUUUCUUAUUCAUUUAUAAAAAGCUUGCAAUUUUUAAACAAAUAAAAGCAAUAAAAUCGAAAAAUUCAAGAUCGCCGAAAAAAAUUUUUUUCAACAUUAAAGGUGAAUAAAAGUGGGCGAAAUUACAUUUUCAUGAGACUCAAAGGGCACUGUAGGCUGUAUUUGUGCAGUCACUGAGACGAAAGUGAUGGUAAAGUGGAAUUACAGCUCGUAAAACCUUCUCUUUUGGUUCUUGAAACCGUGCCGCCCUUGCAAAUAAGAGUGCGCGCAGACUGCAUGAGAAUUUGCAAAACCAAAUUUUCAGUGCAAAAAUUUUGCUUUUCGAUUACUUUUAAAUAUUGUUUUCUCCUCUUAUUCUUAAUAUUUUUCGUUUUUCUUUUCUGUUUUCGCAUACUACAUAUUAAAAAUCAUUAUUUUUCAUAACAAAAACGAGGAGCUAGCUUUGAGUUCGGAAAAAUAGGUCUGUGGUCCCUAUCUUUCCAUUCUACGAUUUUUUUCACGUAAAUAAAAUAAGUAUAUAGCCAAAUGUUUUGAUCAAGCUUAUUUCUUGUGUUCCGAAUGACUUCAUAAAGUGACGUCAGGGGGUUAGCGGCUUUGCGAUUUAAUAAAAAAACUAUAUAUUCUUCACCCGAUUUUUGAAGCGUUUUUAGCGGAGUGUUUUUUUCUCAAACAAGAUAGUCAGUAAAUGCUAUACUUUGAAGUGAAGUGGUUGUAUUAUACAAUACAAAUUGUAUAGCGCGAACGCCUCCUCAAUGCUCGCAGCGGUCAUUUUUUUUAAGAAAAAAAUAGCGUUUUUUUCUCCAAACUUGUGGUUUUAUACUAUAUUAAUAACUCAUUAUGACUUUGAAAACUGAAUUAUACUACUAAAUAUUUUUGAAUACGAUACGAUAAACGACUAAAAGUGUAAAAUCUAAACUUUCAGUACUCAAUUUCGCAACUUUUUUUCACUACGCUUUCGACAAUAACUUUUUUUGUUCUCAACUUUUUUUGAAAAAAAUCAAACUGUUUUGAAUAGUAAAUUGAGCAGCUAUCCUACCAUAGUAAUAUUGAAGCUCGAAAAUUCUGGAAUUUCGGUUGCAGUCCCUACCUAACGCUUCACUUUGCCAAUCUGCACAUCUCGCCUUUCGAGUCGGGGAAACAUUCACUAUAUCCCAAAUCUCAACUUUAAUGUUUACUAUAGACUAUUUUAUAUAAAAAUUUGUUUAUAAUAUCGCAUUGUUGACAGUUCCCAUCCUGACCGACGAUCCUAAAGAGGAAUUGGGCGAUACAUGUGAAAAACUCAAAAAGAAUGCCCUCUACAAAGCUACAGGCGUUCGACCUACGAUUACAGAAUGUGAGUCGUAUUUUUUUCGGAAUAUUGAGAAAAAUGAUACAAAAAGAUUUUAUUAGAAUUUUUGGGACUACGAAACUUCAGUUCAAAAAAAAAAGAAAGAAAAAAACUGAUCGGAAAAAUUGAGUUACCAGGGAACGUUUUUUACCCCCUCUUAAGUUCAACCGGGGGGGUAAAAAACGUUCUCUAGUUAGGGAAAUUUUAUUUUGUUAAUCGCGUUUUUAUUGUUACUUUUUUUGUUGUUGAUAGUUUCUGCUUGAAAAAGACAAUCAAGAAAAUGACUCAAAAAAGAAAAAUAUACCAUUAAAACAGAAACAAACAUAUAGUAUACUUAUUUUUGCGAACUAUCUAAAGUGCGCAUUCCAAUCAGAAUACUAAGCUUACGAGCUGAAUUUUGGGAACAGAAUUCCCCUGAACUCAGAUUUCCUGACAGCGGAAAAAUGUGUGAGCCAAAAAUCUUUCCAAGUGACGAGACUCCGCAUCAAGAAUAUCGAACUGGAAACAUACAGACAGUUCGUGAUUUUUAGGCUGAGAUCUUGACAAAAAAAAGGAGUUUAUGAAGUAGUGGCCAAAUAAGAUGUUGUCAAAAAACCAUUCCAUCAAUAGCGAACCUACUAGAUGAUUUCCAAAUUAAAAAAGUUAUAAAAGUAUAUCAAAACAAAAGUGUAAAUGAGAUUAAUGAUGCUAUUUUUCCAAAUUAUUAAAUAAAACAUUCACGACGAACGGAAUCGUACUGGUUAAGUAAUUACAAAGACCAACAAGACUAUUCUUCUUCCAAGUAAAAAUAAAUAGAUUAUAAAAACCAACGGCUUCAUCAUAAUUUCAUUUUUUUGAACGAAAAAGAGAAAAAUUUUUUCAGACAUGUCUGUAAAAAAAUCAAAGCUACAAAAAAUGUUUUCAUUCAAGAGGAUCAAGCAGUCUGUUGUCGAAGUUGAAGGUGAAACAUUUGACGAAAAUAUCAUUUUUUUGAAGCAAAUUUCAAUUGUACGUCCACCUUAUUCGCGCAUAAUCCCAAAUAUUCAACCGAUGGAGAGGCUUACUGUAUUGAGGAUUCAGAGAAGCACGUGGACAGCAAUUUGGGAGUUGUUUGUUGUCGUGAGUACAGUGCAAUAACAAUCUUAAUUCGAACUCUUGAAAUAGGAAAAUUGUGGACUGAAAUAGGCUCGUUAUAAAAAUUGAAAAAAACAUUCAGCAAUACCGUAUUCGCACAUUCUUUAUGGGACUGCGAUUGACAACGAAAAGAAGCUUCCGCGAGGUUAUAAGGAAACUGGCGCCGGCACCGCUUGUAUUGACAGCAAAACUUGCAACGCCGACGAAUUUUGCGACGACUCGUCGAAUGUUUUCCAUGGUCGUGGUGACUAUGACAGAUCAGCACCCGGUGAAAACCCACUGCGGUUUUGUUACAAAUGUUUCAUGAAAAAAUAGUGACUUUUUCCCAAUUUAAAUGAGCUUCUAGUUCCAAUCGACGAUUAUGCAACUUAUGAAGAUAAUGAGAAGAGGACUUGUGUGGAUGACGAUGAAUGUGAUCCUAACGGCGUCUGUAGGAAAAUUCCUCUUCAACAGGACGCUAUAGACCCCUACCUCGCCUUUUGUGGGGGAGGUUAGUGACAAAAAAAAAGUGAUAUACAUAGGGACCGCAAAGCCACGCCCCUUUUCGCGAUAGAAAAAGUGGCUCUUUUUUGGUUUUCAACUUUAAUUUUGCUGUAGUUGCAAAAUAUGUGGAACUGGAUAAUAAAUUUUGACACCCAUGUACAGAAAAGCUUCCUCUUUCGUUUAAAAAAUAUUUCACGCUUUUUUGAUGCGUUCGCGCGGAAUGUCGUACAAAAACGUGAAUGGAACUAAAAAAUUUUGUCAAUUUUUGCUUUUUCAUGUGUUUUCAGGUCGAACGCACUCUUUCUUUUUUUAAAUAAUGAUUUUGAUUCAAGUAACGGUAAUUUUAAAACAAUAAAAUAAAAAAUUCGUCUUUGCCAAAAAAAUUUUAGGGAGUGCCGAAAGUCAUAAUUCAAAAAUAUCGUUAAUAAGCGAAUAUAAUCGAGUUUUUUUGUUUUUUUAAAGUUUAGAUCAUGGGCUUACUUAAAUAUUUCUCUACAGCAUCUGUGCUUGAAAAAAAGUUGUUUAAUACGCAAAAAAUGUUCUUGAAACUAGAGGAUAAAAAUUAGCGGCGUUUAUCACACCGAAAGCGGUCGAACGCAGGUUUUUUUAAACGAUUAUAUAAAUUUAUUAGUAAGAAAUCUUUCAAUUAAAAAUAAUAAAAUAAAAAAAUUCGUCUUUGCCAAAAAAAUUUACGGGGCCGUUUUAAUGCAGCGAUCGUUAAACGAGGCAAAAAGCACUAAAAAAAACAGUUUUUUCAAAGUGAAUUUCUACGGAAAGUUUGAGUAAAGAUUUGCGAUCAUAUUCUGAUAAAAACAGCUUAAUUACUUCAAGUUUUUCUUUUUGAAAUGGCAAUCUGUGCAAUUCAAACGGCUCAAGGAUAUGGCGGAUGGAAGCUCCCCUCACUAGACCUAACAGCUUGGCGCAGCGCGUGCGCUGCGAAUUUUCUUUUUGAGGUCGCGAGUUCGAUGCCCGCAAGCGCCAGUUUUUUGUUUUCUGGAAAAUACCGACUUUUUCGGCAAACUAGCAAAUUUGCAUUAUUUUAGCACUCUAUUAUGAUUUGUCACAUCAUAAUAGACCAGUAUCAAAACUUGUUCUGGAAGAAAAAAAUCGAGAAAAAAAUGUCAAAAAAAUGGAUAAUACCAAAAAUUUUCAGUACUAAAAAAUGGUGCGCGGCGCGCCACAUUUUUUUCGUCAUAACUUUUUUUCAUCCUUAAUCUUUUUUUCGAAAAAAACUAAACGGUUCUGAGUUUUGAAUCGAAACAGCUAUCAAACCAUACAAAGCUCAAUGCUGAAAAAAUUUUUUUGAAAAAUUCGUCUGCGGUCCCUAGAUAUACAUUUUUACUUGACGGAAAAAUCAACGUUCAGACAUUCAGAUUUCAAAUAUUCUGAAAGUUUCAUUUUUUUGAUUGAAAAACCUUUUUAAAGCAAUAACUUGAAUUACAGAGAAUUAAAUUCGUUUGAUUUUAAUUUGCAGUCUCAAAGCCGACAAGUUCUCAACCGCCAGUAGUUACGGUUUUGACGAACUCCGAAAAGAAAGGAUCCGGCAGACGAACAAUCUGCUCACAAUCUUGA